AUGUGGUCUAAGAAGUUCAAUUGCCUCCCGGUGCACCUCGUUGAUAAGUGGUUUGGGUUUGAUUGUCUUGUGGAUGACACUGUUGAGAACCCUGUCUGUGUGCACGGCCAGGCACCGACGGUCACCUGUCCUAGUGAUGUCACGUCAUGUACUCAGAGUGGAUCGACAAUUGCCAUCGUGUCGUGGUCACCAAUGCCAUCAGCCACCGAUGAUGUUGAUGUCUUCGCAUCCAGCGACAUCACAUGUCAGGAUGGUGGAGGCAAUGGAGUGGUGUCAGGUGGCACUUAUGCAUUGGGCACCACAACAGUGACAUGUAGUGUCACCGAUUCUUCUGGGAACGAGGGUUCAUGCCAAUUUGACAUCACGGUUUUGGGCCAAGACCCUGACGCAGAUGCGUGGUGGAAAGUUGACCUCGGAGCUGCCUACUGCCUGAGAGAAAUAUCUGUCAUUAAUGUCCUUCUAGAUCACGCUGAUCAAGUGUUGGAAGGUGCGGUAGUUCGAGCUGGAUUAAAUUCCAAUCACUUGCAAAAUACUGCCGUCGGAUCUCCAGUCACUCUUGCCCAAGCUGAAAGCGGAGAAGCCAUUCACUUUGUGUCCAACACGGUUAUAAUCACGCGAUAUGUAAGUGUGGCUUUCACAGGCAAAUCGGAGUUUCUUCACAUUGCGGAGGUGAUGAUUGAACAAUUCGAGGGUACUACCGAGACAACCACAGCAGCAGAAACAACUACAACUGACGUCACCUCCUCAGCUGAUAGUGAUACAGAAGCGCCGACGGUAACGUGUCCUAGUGAUGUCACUUCGUGUACGCAGAGUGGAUCGACAACUGCCAUCGUGUCGUGGUCACCAAUGCCAUCAGCCACUGAUGAUGUUGAUGUCUUCACAUCCAGCGACAUCACAUGUCAGAAUGGUGGAAGCAAUGUAGUGGUGUCAGGUGGCACUUAUGCAUUGGGAACCACAACAGUGACAUGUAGUGUAACCGAUACUGCUGGGAACGAGGGUUCAUGCCAGUUUGACAUCACGGUUUUUGGCCAAGCUUCAGACCUCGACUUGACGAGUAAAACUGCCUCCCAGAGUUCUACUCGCGGUGGCUUACCUGCGUCACGGGCUAUCGACGGACAAACGUCAACCUACUCACACACAGACCCUGACGCAGAUGCGUGGUGGAAAGUUGACCUCGGAGCUGCCUACUGCCUGAGAGAAAUAUCUGUCCUUAAUGUCCUUCUAAGUCACGCUGAUCAGCUGUUAGAAGGUGCGGUAGUUCGAGCUGGAUUAAAUUCCAAUCACUUGCAAAAUACUGCCGUUGGUUCUCCAGUCACUCUUGCUCAAGCCGAAAGCGGAGAAGCCAUUCACUUUGUGUCCAACACGGUUAUAAUCACGCGAUAUGUAAGUGUGGCUUUCACAGGCAAAACGGAGUUUCUUCACAUUGCGGAGGUCAUGAUUGAACAAUUUGAGGGUACUACUACAGCUGCUCCAACGACACUAAGGAUAACAACUGAUGUCAUUACCGAAAUCCCAGCCACGACUGCUGCAGAAACAACUACAACUUACGUCACCACUAAAGUUGACCCAAGAACUACCGAGACAAGUACAGCGGAUACAACCACAACCAAAGAAUCAACAACUGUCGAUGCCACCACUUUUCCCAAGACAAGUACAGCGGAUAUCACCUCAACGAAAGAAUCAACAACUGUGGAUAAAACCACUUUUCCCAAGACGAGUACUGCGAUCGUCACUACAACUAAAGAACCAGCAACUGUCACUGUCACCACUUUUCCAGAGAAAAGUACAGCGGAUAUCACCACAACGAAUGAACUAACAACUGUCAAAACGACCACUUUUCCCAAGACCACUACAGCGGAAACCACCACAAUUAAAGAAGCAACAACUGUGGACAUAACCACUUUUCCCGCGACAAGUACGGCGGAUAUCACAACACCAAAAGAAUCAACAACUGUCGAUGCAACCAUUUUUCCUAAGACAAGUACAGCGGACAUCAACUCAACGAACGAAACAACAACUGUGGACACAACCAAUUUUCCCGCAACAAGUACAGCAGGUAUCACCACAACAAAAGAAUCAGCAACUGUGGAUACAACUACUUUUCUCGAGACAAGUACAACGGAUAUCACCACAACAAAAGAAUCUACAACUGUCGACGCCACCACUUCUCCCACAACAAGUACAGCGGAUGUCACCUCAACAAAAGAAUCAACAAAUGCCUACACAACCACUUUUCCAAAGACAAGUACAGCGGAUAUCACCACGACAAAAGAUUCAACAACUGUGGAUACAACAACUUAUCCCGAGAGAAGCACAGCGGAUAUCACCACAACAAAGGAAUCAACAACUGUCCAAACAACCACUAUCCACGAUACAAGUACAACGGAUACCACCACAAUUAAAGAAUCAACAACUGCCAAUACAACAAGUUUUCCUGCGACAAGUACAGAAUAUAUCACCACAAUAAAAGAAUCAAAAACUGCAGAUACGACUACUUUUCCCGCAACAAGUACAACAGAUACAACCACAAUUAUAGAAUCAAUAACUGUUGAUACAACCUCUUUUCCAGCGACAAGGACAACGGAUAUCAUCACAAUUAAAGAAUCAACAACUACGGAUACCACUACUUUUCCCGCAACAAGUACAACGGAUACCACCACAAUUAUAGAAUCAACAACUGUGGAUACAACCGCUUUUCCCGCGACAAGUACAACGGAUAUCACAACAACAAAAGAAUCAACAACUGUGGAAACAACUACUUUUCCCGAGAUAGGUACAACGAAUAUCACAACAACAAAAGAAUCAACAACUGUGGAUACAACCACUUUUCCCAAGACAAGUACAAGGGAUAUCACCACAACAAAGGAAUCAACAACUGUCGACGCCACCACUUUUCUCACGACAAGUAUAGCGGAUAUGACCACAACAAGGCAAUCAACGACUGUCGAUGUCACCUCUUUUCAAAUGACAACUACAGCGAAUAUCACCUCAACAAAAGAACCAACAACUGUCAAAACAACCACUUUUCCCGAUACAAGUACAACGGAUACCACCACAGUUAAAGAAUCGGUAACUGCAGUUACAACUUCUUUUCCUGCGACAAGUACAGCGGAUAUCACCACAACAAAAGAAUCUACAACUGUCGAUGCCACCACUUUUCACACUACAAGUACAGCGGAUAUGACCACAACAAAGAAAUCAACAACUGACAAAACAACCACUUUCCCCGAUACAAGUACAGCGGAUGCCACCACAUUUAAAGAAUCAACGACUGCCGAUACAACCACUCUUCUCGCGACAAGUACGGCGGAUAUCACCACAACAAAGGGAUCCACAACUGUGGAUACAACUACUUUUUCCGAGACAGGUACGACGGAUAUCACCACCACAAAAGAAUCAACAACUGUGCAUACACAAACUUUUCCCACAACAAGUACAGCGGAUAUGACCACAACAAAAGAAUCUAAAACUGUCGACGCUAUCACUUUUCCCACGACAUGUACAGCGGAUAUGACCACAACAAAGCAAUCAACGACUGUCGAUGUCACCUCUUUUCAAAUGACAACUACAGCGGAUAUCACCACGACAAAAGAAUCAACAACUGACAAAACAACCACUAUCCCCGAUACAAUUACAACGGAUACCACCACAAUUAAAGAAUCAACAACUUCCGAUACAACCAUUCUUCUCGCGACAAGUACGGCGGAUACCACAACACCAAAACAAUCAACAACUGUGGAUACAAUCGCUUUUCCCGCAACAAGUACAACGGAUAUUACCACAACAAAAGAAUCAACAACUGCGGGUACGACUACUUUUCCCGCAACAAGUACAGCGGAUAUCACCACAACAAAAGAAUCAACAACUGUCUACACAACCACUUUUCCCAAGACAAGUACAAGGGAUACCACCACAACAAAGGAAUCAACGACUGUCGACGCCACCACUUUUCCCACGACAAGUACAGCGGAUAUGACAACAACAAGGCAAUCAACGACUCUCGAUGUAACCUCUUUUCAAAUGACAACUACAGCGGAUAUCACCACAACAAAAGAACCAACAACUGUCAAAACAACCACUGUUCCCGAUACAAGCACAACGGAUAGCACCACAAGUAAAGAAUCAAUAACUGCAGUUACAACUUCUUUUCCCGCGACAAGUACAGCGGAUAUCACCACAACAAAAGAAUCUACAAGUGUCGAUGCCACUACUUUUCACACGACAAGUACAGCGGAUAUGACCACAACAAAGGAAUCAACAGCUGACAAAACAACCACUAUCUCCGAUACAAGUACAACGGAUACCACCACAUUUAAAGAAUCAACAACUGCCGAUACAACCGCUCUUCUCGCGACAAGUACGGCGGAUAUCACCACAACAAAGGGAUCAACAACUGUGGAUACGACUACUUUUCCCGAGACAGGUACAACGGUUAUCACCACAACAAAAGAAUCAACAACUGUGGAUACAAAAACUUUUCCCUCAACAAGUACAGCGGAUAUCACCACAACAAAAGAAUCAACAACAACCGCUUUUCCCGCAACAAGUACAACGGAUAUCACCACAACAAAGGGAUCAACAACUGUGGAUACGACUACUUUUCCCGAGACAGGUACAACGGUUAUCACCACAACAAAAGAAUCAACAACUGUGGAUACAAAAACUUUUCCCUCAACAAGUACAGCGGAUAUCACCACAACAAAAGAAUCUACAACUGUCGACGCCACCACUUUUCCCUCGACAAGUACAGCGGAUAUGACCACAACAAAGCAAUCAACGACUGUCGAUGUCACCUCUUUUCAAAUGACAACUACAGCGGAUAUCACCACAAAAAAAGAAUCAACAACUGACAAAACAACCACUAUCCCCGAUACAGUUACAACGGAUACCACCACAUUUAAAGAAUCAACAACUGCCGAUACAACCGCUCUUCUCGCGACAAGUACGGCGGAUAUCACAACACCAAAAGAAUCAACAACUGUGGAUACAACCGCUUUCCGCGCAACAAGUACAACGGAUAUCACCACAACAAAGGGAUCAACAACUGUGGAUACAGCUACUUUUCCCGAGACAAGUACAGCGGAUAUCACCACAACAAAAGAAUCAACAACUGUGGAUACAAAAUCUUUUCCCGAAACAAGUACAGCGGAUAUCACCACAACAAAAGAAUCUACAACUGUCGACGCCACCACUUUUCCCACGUCAAGUACAGCCGAUAUGACCACAACAAAGCAACCAACGACUGUCGAUGUCACCUCUUUUCAAAUGACAACUACAGCGGAUAUCACCACAAAAAAAGAAUCAACAACUGACAAAACAACCACUAUCCCCGAUACAAUUACAACGGAUACCACCACAUUUAAAGAAUCAACAACUUCCGAUACAACCGCUUUUCUCGCGACAAGUACGGCGGAUAUCACAACACCAAAAGAAUCAACAACUGUGGAUACAACCGCUUUUCCCGCAACAAGUACAACGGAUAUCACAACAACAAAGGGAUCAACAACUGCGGAUACAACUACUUUUCCCGAGACAAGUACAACGGAUAUCACCACAACAAACGAAUCAACAACUGUCUACACAACCACUUUUCCCAAGACAAGUACAAGGGAUACCACCACAACAAAGGAAUCAACGACUGUCGACGCCACCACUUUUCCCACGACAAGUACAGCGGAUAUGACCACAACAAGGCAAUCAACGACUGUCGAUGUAACCUCUUUUCAAAUGACAACUACAGCGGAAAUCACCAAAACAAAAGAACCAACAACUGUCGAAACAACCACUGUUCCCGAUACAAUCACAACGGAUACCACCACAAGUAAAGAAUCAAUAACUGCAGUUACAACUUCUUUUCCUGCGACAAGUACAGCGGAUAUCACCACAACAAAAGAAUCUACAAGUGUCGAUGCCACUACUUUUCACACGACAAGUACAGUGGAUAUGACCACAACAAAGGAAUCAACAACUGACAAAACAACCACUAUCUCCGAUACAAGUACAACGGAUACCACCACAUUUAAAGAAUCAACAACUGCCGAUACAACCGCUUUUCUCGCGACAAGUACGGCGGAUAUCACAACACCAAAAGAAUCAACAACUAUGGAUACAACCGCUUUUCCCGCAACAAGUACAACGGAUAUCACCACAACAAAGGGAUCAACAACUGUGGAUACAACUACUUUUCCCGAGAUAGGUACAACGGAUAUCACC